GACAGAGAGAGAAUGGAGGAGAGGAGUGAGGCAGAGCAAAGAUUAAAAUACAGAUGAAGCGCAGCAGCGAGCAGCAGCGAAAACAGAGGGCACAGCUGAAGACAACAGAACAGAAUUACACAAACAGAACAGCCCUGAAGGGAAAACAGUCAGUGCCAUCUUAUUUGCAAUGAAGAAGCUCAGUGAACUGAUGGGCCUGGAAUGGUCAGUACUCACUCCUCACUUGUUUGCAAAGAAGAAUCUCUGCGAACUGAUCAGUCCUGAAUGGUCAGCAGUAAAUUCUAACUUUUUUGCAAUCAACAGUCUCCAAGAACGGAUCAGCACCGAAUGGUCAGUAGUCUCUCCUAUCUUGUUUCCCUUCAACAAUACCAACAAAUUGAUUAGCCUGGAGUGGCAAGCAGACACACCUGACUGUCUUAUAAUGAAGCAAGUCCAUGAGUUGAUUAUCUGGAAUGGUCAGGACUAAUUCAAAACUUGUGUGCAAUCAGCUCCAACUGGUCUGUCUUGAAUUACGAGAAUUUACUUCUAAUUUGUGUAUAAUUAAGAAUCAAUGCGAGCUGCUCCGUCCUGAAUGGUCAGCAGUGAUUCCAAACUUUUUUCUAAGGAAGAAACUCCACUAAUUCAUUAGUUCUGUAUGGUCAGAAGUCAUGCCUAACUUUGCCAUGAACAAACUGGCCAAACUCAUCAUCCCUAAAAGAUUAUACUGCUCUACAGCCAAAAUGCUUCUGAAAUAAAUGUAGUCAAACUUUACUAAUUCUGGGUCACUGAGAAUGAAAAUGAUACUUACAAUUGUUGAUUGGCUCUAGUUUUCAAGAUAUGCUAUUGGGUCAGUAUAUACGACCCUUGACUUGGGAAUGGCAGAGGAUAAGUGAGUUAUAAAGGGAAGGGAUCUCAAUUUAAACCAGAAAUGACUAAAAUACAUCUUUGACUGGAUCUAUGAAUAAAUCUAUGACUGGGUUUGGACAGUACUUGCUUUUUAGGCAAAACAAUGAAUGAUGCAAUCUGAAGCUGGUAUUGCGUCAUACAUGAUAUGAAUUGCAUCAUGUUAUUCCUAGAAGUCAUGGAUGAUGCAAUCAUAACGAAGCUUACAUCACUCUGCUGAACAAAUUGCCCUAUAUCAGCUCUAGAAAUCAUACAGUGUCGUGCUCUCUUAUUUAUCAGUGUUUGAUUUUGCAAAGGGACACAUUUCUGUUUAGCCAAAGUGAGUAGAGAUGCCUCGUACUUGUGUGAACAGUGCAGAUAACUUCUGCUAUGUUUGUGGUGAAGUGACUUUUGCAUCACAAAAGCGCAGUAUAACCACUAUGGUUAAGAAAGCCUAUCACCUUUAUUUUGGCUGCAAAAUUGGAGAUCAGGACAAGAGGUGGGCCCCACACAUAUGCUGCAACACUUGUGCAACAAAUCUUCACCAGUGGUUGAACAGGAAAAGGAAAUCUAUGCCUUUUGCAGUGCCAAUGAUUUGGAGAGCGCCAAUAAAUCAUACCAGCAAUUGUUACUUCUGCAUGGUGCCUCCAGUUGGGAAAGGUGUGUCAAAGAAGAAAAAGUGGACUGUGCAUUAUCCAAACAUUCCAUCAGCUAUAUGCCCAGUACCCCACGGAGAAGGACUGCCAGUUCCUGAUGCACCAGAAUCAUUCUCACUUGAGUCAGACGAGGAAGAGGAAGAGGAUGAAACUUCUGGUCCUGAACCAUCAAUGUGACAGGACCCACAUUUUCUCCCAUCCUCCUCCUCUGAACCACACUUCAUAACACAAGGUGAACUGAAUGACCUUGUCAGGGAUUUGGAACUACCCAAGAGUAAGGCAGUGCUGUUGGGCUCCAGACUACAGCAGUGGAAUCUUCUGGCAGAUGAUGUUAGGGUUUCCAUGUUCCGUGACCGUCAAAAGGAUCUUAUCCCAUUCUUCUUCAUGGAAGGUGAUCUUGUAGCCUGCAACAACAUCAAUGGUGUGAUGGCAGCCCUCAACAUCGUUCACGAUCCAGAUGAGUGGAGACUGUUCAUUGAUUCAUCGAAGAUGAGUCUUAAAGCUGUUUUACUGCAUAAUGACAAUGUUUUGCCAUCAAUUCCAGUUGGUCAUGCAGUCCAUAUGAAGGAAACCUAUGACAACAUGAAACAACUUUUGAGGUGCAUAAACUAUGACCAACAUCAGUGGCAGCUUUGUGGUGAUUUGAAGGUUGUUGCUCUCUUGCUUGGUCUGCAGACUGGAUACACAAAGUACUGCUGUUUUCUCUGCAAAUGGGAUAGUCGUGCAAGAGAUUCCCACUACACCAAGAAAGACUGGCCACUCCGACAGUCAUUGGAGCCUGGGAGGAAAAGUGUUCAGCAUCCACCACUUGUUGAAUCAAGGAAGAUUUUGUUACCACCCUUACACAUCAAGCUGGGUUUGAUGAAGAACUUUGUCAAGGCCAUUGACAAAACACAAGCAGCUUUCAAGUACCUCCGUGGAAAAUUUCCAAGGUUAAGUCAAGCUAAGAUAAAGGAAGGUGUCUUUGUUGGUCCUCAGAUUCGUGAACUUCUUCGAGAUGAUGCAUUUGACCAUGCACUGCGUGGCAAGGAAAAGACGGCAUGGAAAGCCUUCCAGUUAGUGGCAAUAAAUUUUCUCGGAAACAACAAGGCAGACAACUACAGGUUGUUGGUGGAAAACCUCCUCAAGGCAUACAAAAGCCUUGGUUGCAACAUGUCACUGAAGAUACAUUUUUUGCACUCUCAUCUGGAUUUUUUUCCACCGAACUGCAGAGCAGUGAGCGACGAGCACGGCGAGCGAUUUCACCAGGACAUUGCAACAAUGGAGAAAUGCUAUCAGGGCAAAUGGAGCCCAUCAAUGCUUGCAGACUAUUGCUGGACAGUGACAAGAGAUGCUCCAUUUUUAAUGAAUACAAGAGACAAGCCAAGAAGCGCCGAGUAGACACUGAAUAGGACUAAACUAUGUACAUAAUAGUGUUUUGCCUUUUGUUUCAUAAUACAUUUUAUUUAUAUAACCCUUUUGCUGAUUUUUAAAGUGUUACAUAAUCAGGACAGGUGAAAUAUUAUCAUGUAAAGCAACCAUAAACACAUGAAAAGACCUAGGUUUACCAUUUAUGAUUAAAACUUUACUAUCUACACAAUAUACAUAGACAUAAAAUGUAAAAACCUAAAUAUCUUAGAAACAGUAGCCAUCAGUUGUUUUAAUUGUCAUAUUUGAACUCAGCACAUCAAAAUACAUAAUAAAUAGCACAUUUUAUCUCUGAAGCAGACGACUUCUCAAAAAUUGUAGACCAGUGAAAUUACCAGUCAUUCUUAACUUGUUUGCAAUUAAGAAUCUCCAUGAAUUGAUCAGUCCUGAAUACUCUGCAGUCACAAUUAACGUUUUUUGCAGGGAAGAAUAUCCCAAACUGAUAGGCCCUGAAUGCUCAUCAGUGACUCGUAACUUGUUUUCAGUCAACAAACUUAUCAGCUCUGAGGUAAGAAAUCAUUUCUCUCUUGUUUGCACUGAAGAAGGUCUGUAGCCUGAUGGGCCUGGAACAGUGAGCUAUUCCUCCUAACUGGUUUGCAAUUGCAAAUCUCUCCAAAGUCAUUAGUCCUGAAUGGUCAGUUGUCAUUCCUUACUUGUUUGCCAUCAAGAAUCACUGCAAACUAAUAAGCCCUGAACUGUCUGCAGUUUUUCCAAACUUGUGUGCCAUCAACAAUGUCUGUGAACUGAUCAGCCCUGACUGAUCAGAAGUCAUUCCUAACAUCUCUGCAAUCAACAAACUCGGUGAACUCCCCAGCCUGGCAUGUAAGCUGACACUGCUAAAUUAUUUGCAAUGAAGAAUCACCAUGAAAUGGAGACCUGAAUGCUGACCAUUCACUCCUAAGUUAUUUGCAAUGAAGAAGCUCAGCAAUAUGAUUAGCCCGGAAUGGCCAACCGUUCCUCCUAACGGGUUUGCUAGGACGAAUCUCCGAGAAGUGAUCAGCCCUGAAUGGCCAGCAGUAAAUUCUAACUAUUUUGCAAUCCACAAUCUCCAAAAACGGAUCAGCACCGAAUGGUCAAUAGUCUCUCCUAUCUUGUUUCGCUUCAACAAUACCCACAAAUUGACUAUCCUGGAGUAGCAAGCAGACACACGUGUUGUGUUUACAAUGAAGCAAGUCAGGGAGUUGAUUAGUCUGGAAUGGUCAGCAAUGUGCACUAACUAAUCUGUCCUGAAUUAUCAGAAUUUGCUUCUAACUUUUUUGCAGUUAAGAAUUGGUGAUCUCUCAGACUUUGACUAUGCAGAUGACAUUGUUCUUCUAGUACAGAGUCCCGACAGGUUCGCAAGGCACUUCAGCAAAUGGAAGAAGAGUUGGCUAAGGUUGACCUCCAUGUUUUGCAGUCAAAGCCAGAGCUUUAAAAUCUAGGAUCAGGUUCACUUGUGACCCAGUCUCUUUGAAUAAUGAAACUGUCAAAGCAGUUCCAGCUUUUGCUAUUUGGGUUCUGUAUUCACCAGUUCCUCCAGCUCUCAAAUGGAGGUUCUCUAUCGGAUUGGCAUUGCAGCAUCUGUCAUUGGUUGUUUACAACAAAUAUGGAAUCAACAUACUUCGGCACAACAAACAUGUUCAUGAUCUAUUUGAGCUGUAUCCUCUCUGUACUGCUGUAUGGUUGUGAAACAUGGACACUAUGCCACUCAGACUGGGCAAAGCUGGAGGCUUUCCACACAAAAUGCCAAUUUUGUAUAUUGGGCAUAUAGUGGAAUGGCUUCAUUUUGUAAUGCAGAUGUUUAUGGUCACUCCAAUCUACAGACUACUAGGGACAUUGUCCGCAGAUGGUGUCUUAAGCUUUUCAGACAUGUUGCGAGAAAGCCACAAGACUUUUCCGGUGAAUGCCAUCCAGGAUAAAAUUCCACCAACCAAGAGGUGGAGGCGGCCCAGAGCAGACCCCUUAUUACAUGGCUGCAUCAAGUCUGUUCCGACAUUGGACUCUUGACUCAUUGAGCCCUUGCGGCUGCACAGGAAUGGACCAAAUGGUGAAUGAUUGCUGCGACCAACCAUUUGGCUAAGUGUUGAAGAAGAAUCUCUGUGAACUCCUCUACUCUGAAUGGUCAAAAGCCACUCCUAACUUGUUUGCAAUGAAGAAUCACUUCAAACUGAUCAGCAAUGAAUGGUCAACAAUUACUACCAACUUGUUUGCAAUGAGGAACAUCUGUGAACUGAUCAGCAACAAAUGAUCAAAAGUGACUUCUAACUUGUUUUCCAUCAACAAUCUCCAUGAACUCAUCAGCUCUGAAUGGUCAACUGUCAUGACUAAGUUAUUUGCAAUCAAUAAUCUUUGCAAGCUG